UUUUCUUCCCACUUUAAUGGGUUGUCUUGCACAUAUUUUCAAAGCUAAACAUAUAAAUUAGUACUCUUUAAUUUUAACUUAUUACAUUUUUUAAUUAAUAAAUAUAUUUUUAAUUUAUUAAUUAAAAAAUUAAAUAUAUCACUAAAUAUAUUUUCACUUUAUAAUAAAUUAAAUUUAUUAAUGAAUUCAGUAAAUUGUGCUUAUUGAUUGAAAUAAAAAUGAAAAAGCAUAAUAAAUUAAAAAUAAAACAUUAAAAUAUAAUAAAUUAAAAUAAAAAGUUAUGAAUGUAAUGAAUUUUUGUCAUAUAUAUAUAUAUGGCCUAUUUUGAAACAAAAUAUGGAAAGGAUUAGUUAAUAAAAUCAAAGGAAAACAAUGAUGAGAUUCAUAAAAAAUUAGGAAAAUUAAAAAAUUAAAUUUCUUAAGUGUAAAUUAUGAAAUAAAAAAUCUAAUUUAAGAUUAAUAAAUUUAAUUUUUUAAUUUUGACUUAAAUUAAAUAAAUUAAAACUUUAGUUUAUAAAUUUUAAUUUUUAAGUUAAAUUAAUUUAAAAAGGAGGAAAAAAAAAGAAAAAGAAAAAAAAGAGGGGUUAAACUGACUCUUUCCAACAAGUGGACAGCUAUAUCGAAUAUUUUGCCAAAAACAAGAGGAAUAAAAAACAGGGCCGCCUCCAAGUUCCAAGCAAUGGCCCAAGCACUGGAAAUGCCGAAGGUAUCUUUAACUUACUCUUCCGGCCAACGGGAAAUGCCAGUAUUAGGCAUGGGCACAGCCGCCGAUCCCUUCGAUGAAGCCGCAACGAAAACGGCGAUCCUGGGGGCGAUCAACCUGGGUUACAGGCACUUCGACACUGCUCUACCAUACAGGUCAGAGAAACCACUAGGAGAAGCCAUAUCUGAAGCGCUUGCACGCGGUCUCAUCGGUUCUCGAGAGGAGCUUUUUAUCACUUCGAAGUUGUGGAUCGCCGAUAAUCAUGGAAAUCUUGUAAUUACUGCUCUCAAGAAUUCCCUCAGAAUUCUUCAACUCGAGUACCUUGACCUGUAUCUCAUUCACUGGCCUAUCAGUUGUAAGCCUGGAAGGUCUUCAUUCCCAAUUCCUAAGGAUGAGCUUCUGCCAAUGGACUUCAAGUCUGUAUGGGCAGCAAUGGAAGAGUGCCAACGGCUUGGCCUUACAAAGACCAUUGGAGUCUGCAACUUCUCUUGCAAGAAGCUCAAUGACUUACUUGCCUUGGCUAAAAUCCCUCCUUCAGUAAAUCAAGUGGAGAUGAGUCCUGUCUGGCAACAAAAGAAGCUCAGAGAGCUCUGCAAGGCCAAAGGUAUAGUUUUGACAGCUUAUUCUCCCCUGGGAGCAAAAGGGACACGCUGGGGCACUAAUGCUGUAAUGGACAAUGAAGUGCUAAAUGAGAUUGCAAAGGCUCAUGGAAAGACUGUUGCUCAGGUUUGUCUGAGAUGGGUGUAUGAACAGGGAGUUACUCUUGUAGUUAAGAGCCAUAAAAAGGAGAGACUGAAGGAAAAUUUGGAGAUAUUUGACUGGGCACUGUCAAAGGAUGAUUAUAACAAGAUCAAUCAGAUCCCUCAACGAAGAUUACAGCCUAAAGAACUGUUGGUUUCAGCAGAUGGACCAUACAAGUCCCUUGAAGAGCUAUGGGAUGGGGAGCUUUAACUCGUGUGUGUGUGUGUGUGUGUGUGUGUAUUAAAAACUCCUACAAUGUGGGACUAAUUUAUGUACGGACAAUUUCCUAAUGUCCUGUUCAUUAAUAACAAAAUAUUUUCUUUUGUAAUGAUAAAAAAAAAAAUGCCUUUUUUCUAACA